CUGGUGCAGCCACACGCCAUGUCACAAAAAUUGAAUUGAAUUCUUCUAAGUGUAUUAUUAUAGUACGGUCCUCUUGGUCUGAUGUGGUAUGCAUAUUUAUAUUAUGAUAAAAACCAAAGGUUAUCGUUGAUUUUAUUCUGACCGAUUUAAUUCUUACAACAGUGUAGUGUUAAACGUACGCUGGCCGAUUACACGUGUCUAUAUUAAUAAAAUACAAUCACUGAACUGCUAAUUAUUCGCACGUUAUUAUAUAAUAACUCAGCAACAAUGUUUAUCACGAUACUUUUAUUAAUAAUAUUACUUGUAAUUCUUUUGCAUUAUGUAAUUAAUUGCAAUAGAAUUGCUUUGUUGUUACGUUCCAUACCAGGACUCAAGGAUCAUUUUUUAAUUGGAAAUAUUUUCGAAUUUCGAUUCGAUACACCAGAGGAAUUAUUUCGAAUGACUAGAGAAUGGGCGAAAGAGUUUAAUGGUAUUUACAGAAUUUACGCGUUUAACACUGGAUCUCUUAAUAUUUAUAACCCGGAUGAUAUUGAGAUUUUGAUAUCGGGUAUGAAACAUCAUAAGAAAAGCUUCAUAUACAGUUUUUUAAGACCUUGGCUAAGAGAUGGCCUGCUCCUAAGUCAUGGAGAGAAAUGGCAAAAGCGAAGAAAAAUUCUUACAGGAGCAUUUCAUUUUAACAUUCUACGCAAAUAUUUUCCUAUUAUUGUAGAAAAUAAUCAAAAGCUUAUAAGUGUUCUGGAGGCGAAUGAGGGGAAUAUUAUAGACGUAGUGCCAGUGUUGUCUGAAUAUACACUAGACACAAUUUGCUGCACUGCAAUGGGAGCACAAACAUUUGAAGAAUCCUCUCAUGCUGGAAGGAAGUACAAGGAGGCGAUAUACUCAAGUGUAAAGUUAUUCGUAUAUCGUGUGUGCAACUUACCACUGUACAUAGACAAAGUAUUUAACUGGACACCUAGCGGUAAAAAGCAAUUAAAAUAUAUUUCUAUAACACACAAAUUUAGUGAAAAUGUAAUAAAUUCUCGUAGAAUUGAAAGAGAGAAAUGCAAUGAUGACAAUUCUGAUGAUGGAGAUGAAAAUAAUCAUGUGUAUAGUAAGAAAAGGCGUGCUGCGAUGCUCGAUUUAUUGUUAUCAGCAGAGAAAGAUGGUUUGAUUGACAACAUUGGUAUUCAGGAAGAGGUGGACACUUUCAUGUUUGAAGGUCAUGAUACUUCGGCUGCAGGAUUAACGUUUUGUUUACUAGCUCUAGCCGAAAAUGAAACAAUACAAGAUAAAAUUGUACAAGAACUUGAUGAAAUUUUUGAUGGAGAUAAUCGCGACGCUACUCUAGAAGAUCUGGCUGCCAUGAAUUACUUGGAACGAUGUAUUAAAGAGUCACUUCGGUUGUACCCACCGGUACCAUUCAUAGGACGAGAUUUAAGCGAAGAUGUUAAAUUGAGCAACUACUUAGCACCAAAGGGAUUUAUGUCACACAUUCACAUAUUCGAUUUACAUCGACAGGAAAGUUUAUUUAAAAAUGCAUUACUGUUUGAUCCUGACCGGUUUUUACCUGAAAAUAGCGUGGGCCGCCAUAACUACGCAUACAUACCAUUUAGCGCUGGUCCAAGGAAUUGCAUAGGACAAAAGUUUGCUAUGAUGGAAAUGAAGUCAGCAGUGUCCUCUGUUUUACGAAAAUUCAGGAUUAUUCCCAUCACAAAGUCUGCCGAAGUAAUCUUUGCUACAGACUUGGUAUUAAGAAGUUCAAAUCCCAUUCUGCUUAAAUUUAUUAAAAGAUGCUAGUAGUUCUACGAGUUCGUAAACAGUUUGAAAAAUAAAAUACUAAAUAAUUUAAUUUAUUCUUUUAAGAAUUCUUUGCUAUGUAUUUUUCUGAUAAUUAUAAUGUAAUGGAUAAAUAAUUGGACACAUCAAAACAUAACCAAAGCAACUGAUGCUUUGCGCUAUGCACAAAAACUUAAAUGGAAAUAGGCCGGCCACGUUGCAAGAUUGAUAGACCAAAGAUGGACUGAUAAAGUCACAAGAUGGCAUGGUGAUGGCAAGAAAUAGAGGCAGACCUAUGACAAGAUGGCAGGACGAACUGAGGAAAUAGGGGCACUGUACUGCAUGAAUACAAAUAGCUCAGGAUAGAGUCCUUUGGAGUUCUUUGUAGGAGGCCUUCUGGAGAGGAGAGAGAGGAGACUCAGGGGUUCCUAUAGAAUAGUAAAAAAUUACCUAAUUAAAAAAACUAAACGCAUUAUAAUACUAAUACUUAGAAAAUAACCCAAAAUUAUUACUAACCCUUAUAAUAAAACAAACUGAAUGGCAAAUACUGUUUAAAUUUAAGUUACUUUAAAUGUGCAGGAAAUAAUAUUUAAUAUUUUUAUUAGGUUUAUAAGGUUAAGGUAAUGUUUUACUUGCCAUUAGGUUAUAUGUCUGUACAUCUUCUCACUUUUUCUCAUAAAAAAUACGUUAUUUUGUUUUCAAAAGGGAUAAAACUAGAACUCACAUCAAUAUGUAAGAUAAGUAAUGAUAAUCUACAUCCUGUACUCCCCAUCUCCUCCAUAAAAUAUUUUGUAUGUACCAUCGACAAAAAUGAUUCAUUAACCACUUUGCUGAUUCCUUUAAAUCAUAAAAACGGUUUUAUUAACACGAUAACGUGGAUUGUCAGUGUCUAAUAAAAUGAUAACAGUUACAUAAUAAAUGUAUGUUCAAGCUGUUUAUUAUAACUGAAAAUGAACUUAAGGUAGGUCACGAUUUAAUUUUGUCAUUAAUACAUAAAAACAAAGAUAAUGAAUUUAAAAUAGCUAGCAGGCAAAUUUUAAAAAGAAAUAAAGGUACUGCCAAAAACUAGACUUCAUAAAAUAAUUGGUUCAUUUGUAAGUAACGUAUACUAUUUACAAUCUGCUGAAUGAUAUUCAAAAUUUGUCAAUCAACAGAUUUACUCCUUAGAUUAAUAAUGGUGUAUUAUAAUAUUGUAAUUAAUUAUGUAAGAUUUAAGCAUUAUGUUCAAAGUAAUUGCAGUUAUAACGCCUAUAACAGUAAUGAUAAGAGUGUUUGACAGUGAAAAAGAUUGCUCAUAAUCACAUAGAUUUAGUCUCUGUUAUUAUUUCUGUCACAAUUCUUUUUUUAUCGUGAUUUUAAAAUAUAUUAUAUUAUAUGUUCAACUUUUAUUGUAUUUUUAUAGGUAAAUAAUUAGUAGGGCUUUUCAUGGUCGCAAUAACGCUGUGCCGGCGUCGCGCAAGGGAAGUAAUGGCUGGUCCAUGCGUCGUGCUCGUGAACGGGCGCUGCUUGUGGUGCUUCAUCGGUUCUGUCUUCGGGAAUUUAUUUUUUGAAUUUUUAUAUACAUAAUAUACCAUUUUAAGUUAUUAGUUAGUUAACUUGUACACGUAAGUCAAAACGUUUGAGCAAUGACGUUCUAUGAGUUAGGUGUACGUUUGAGUUUUUGUGAAAGUGAUGAUGCACUAAAAUCAAUUACUGAAAAUAUACUAAAUGUAAAAUGCUGAAACUGUAAAUAUAGAUUAUAAAAGAAUGGCAAUGAGUUGCUUGUCAUUUCUUAUUAAAGCUCAACUUUUCCGAUAUUAUAGUUAAAUCUUUGACAUGCAUAAGUGUAACUUUGACAUAGUUGAAUAAAUGAUUUUAGUUUUUCA